UGUGCCAAGUGCCAGUGGACUUUGCCAUCGGCAGCCACAGCCGCGUAACCAGGGGAUAUUCUUCAAUUCAACAAAAUCAAUAUGAGUGCGUGAAGAUAAAUUUUUACCAUCUGGAUUUGUCAGACCAAGACAUUUUUAAAACUUGUGAGAGAAGUAAAAAAGGAUAUUCAUUGGUCAUAAUGAAGGUUGUCGCAUUAAUUAGUGGUGGAAAGGAUUCUUCCUUCAAUAUGAUGCAGUGUGUUGCUGCAGGACAUGAAAUAGUAGCACUGGCAAAUUUAUAUCCUGUUGGGAAAGAUGAGUUGGACUCAUACAUGUUCCAAACAGUUGGUCAUCAGGGAAUACAGUUUAUUGGAGAAGCAAUGGGUUUACCUUUGUAUCGAGAGCCAACUUUCGGAAGAUCAAAAAUGCAAGCAAAGCAUUACUUGCCUACUGCAGAUGACGAAGUCGAAGAUUUAUACAGAUUAUUAAAAAAAGUCAAGGACAGAGAGGAUAUUCAGGCAGUGGCUUCUGGUGCUAUUUUCAGUGAUUAUCAACGGAUAAGAGUAGAAAAUGUGUGUAGUCGUUUAGGUUUAUUAUCAUUGUCAUAUUUAUGGAGGCGAGAUCAAGAAGAACUAUUAAAGGAAAUGGUAGAAUGUUCUGUUAAUGCUGUUAUCAUAAAAGUUGCAUCAUUAGGUUUAGAAGCAAGACAUUUAGGAAAAUCUAUCUCUGAAAUGCAAUCACAUCUCGCCAAAAUGAAAGAAAAAUAUGGUCUAAAUGUAUGUGGAGAAGGAGGAGAAUAUGAAACGUUUACUUUGGAUUGUCCUUUGUACAUUAAAAGUAUUGUAAUAGACGAAUAUGAAAGUGUGGUGCACUCAAAUGACGAUAUUGCACCAGUUGGGUACCUGAAUUUCAAGAAGAUGCACUUACAAAGUAAAAAUAGUGGUAUAGAAAAUAUGUCACUACAAGAAAGACUGAAUAAUGUGGCGGUGAAAACUCCAUUUGAUUACAUUUCUGAAAUAGUUGGACCAGAUUUACAAGAUGGUUGUAAUUUAUCUGAAGAUGACAAUGAUGAACAGGAGAAGGAUAACAAAGACUCACAAACGUCAAACACAUGUCAACUUAGUCCGUCAAGUCUUACAGAAAUAAUAUGCGAAACUAAAGAGUACCCUGAUGUUCCAAGUACUAAUAAAAAUCAAACUGGCUGGUACUGGUUUGGUAGCAUUGUUGGGAAAAAUCCUGAUGCUAAGCUUGCAAUGUCGGAAGCGUUAGAUAGUUUAACAGAUCUAGUCGAAAAAGAAAAUUUAGAAAUAACAGAUCUUGUUGCUGUGACGAUGUUUUUAAAAGAUUUAUCGAGUUACGCGGAAAUAAACGAAGUUUAUGUAUCGAAGCUUGCAAAAGUUAAUCCUCCAGUGAGGGUGUGUACAGAGAUUCCUAUUAAUUUUCACGUAGUUUUGGAUGCACUUGCGUAUAAAAAAGUCGAAGAAGAUGAGACAAGUGAUAAAGUUGUUCAUAAACGACAUACGAUGCAUGUUCAAAGUAUAAGUAAUUGGGCGCCUGCCAAUAUCGGACCUUAUUCACAAGCUAUUCGAGUAGGCGAUAUAAUUUCAGUGGCCGGUCAAAUCCCUUUGGUACCAGGUACUAUGUCGAUCUUGGAUUCGGACAUAAAGCGUCAGUGCCGUUUAACGCUAAGACACGUGAAUCGUAUCGUCAAGGCAAUGGACUCAAACACUGAGCUGAGGCACAUCGUUCAAGGCAUCUGCUUCCUGACCCACCCAAGCUACAUCCCCGCUGCGCGUAAGGAGUGGGAAAAACGCACGAACAACGCCAUCGUCGACUAUGUGGUGGUGUCGAACCUCCCACGCGGUGCCCAGGUCGAGUGGUGUGUCUGGGCACAUCGCGACAACAAUAGAUUCGAAUAUGAGGAAACAGGCAAGUGUGUCGGCAACUUCAAGGUCGCCAUCCGGCGGAGAUGGAACUAUGAAAACAAUGUCUCGGCAAUAGUGUGCUACCUGUCUACCAGCUCGUCCAAUUCAACGGGUAACUUGACAUCUGAGACGAGCAGCAUCUCGUCGGUCGAGCUGACGUUGGCUGAGCUCGUAGAGGCGUUCGAAUACUUCGUGUGCAAAUUGACCAAGGGCUCGCAGGUGGAAAAUCCGCCGUGCAAUCUGAGGAUCUUCUACAGGGUAGGCAGUUUACCGGAUCUGAAUUUAAUUCAGCAAGCGCUCCAACAAAUGGUCGGUCGCAAUCUUGUCACGACUAUCAUACCCACGCGGCACUUGCACAACUUUAGCACCUUCCUCUCAGUCUGCGGCAUCAGACACGAAUAG